ACACUCAUGGAGGAGGUGGCAGAGCAGGCACAGCGGCGCGAUGAGAUGCUGCUUCUCAGAGCUGCUGUCCAACCUGUACUCGCGUGGGAAUGAGAAGACACUCCUGGAGGAGUCGGCAGAGCAGGCAGACAAAGGAGUUCAUCUUCUCGGAGCUGCUGUCCAACCUGUACUCACGUGGGAACGAGCAGACACUCCUGGAGGAGUCGGCAGAGCAGGCAGACCAAGGAGUUCAUCUUCUCAGAGCUGCUGUCCAACCUGCACUCGCGUGGGAACCAGAAGACACUCGUGGAGGAGUCGGCAGAGCAGGCACAGCGUCGCGACGAGAUGCUGCUUCUCAGAGCUGCUGUCCAACCUGUACUCACGUGGGAAUGAGAAGACACUCGUGGAGGAGUCGGCAGAGCAGGCAGACCAAGGAGUUCAUCUUCUCAGAGCUGCUGUCCAACCUGUACUCGCGUGGGAACCAGCAGACACCCCUGGAGGAGUCGGCAGAGCAGGCAGACCAAGGAUUUCAUCUUCUCAGAGCUGCUGUCCAACCUGUACUCGCGUGGGAACAAGAAGACACUCCUGGAGGAGUCGGCAGAGCAGGCAGACCAAAGAGUUCAUCUUCUCAGAGCUGCUGUCCAACCUGUACUCGCGUGGGAACCAGCAGACACUCCUGGAGGAGUCGGCAGAGCAGGCACAGCGGCGCAAUGAGAUGCUGCUUCUCAGAGCUGCUGUCCAACCUGUACUCGCGUGGGAACGAGCAGACACUCCUGGAGGAGUCGGCAGAGCAGGCAGACCAAGGAGUUCAUCUUCUCAGAGCUGCUGUCCAACCUGUACUCGCGUGGGAACAAGAAGACACUCCUGGAGGAGUCGGCAGAGCAGGCAGACCAAGGAGUUCGUCUUCUCAGAGCUGCUGUCCAACCUGCACUCGCGUGGGAACCAGAAGAGACUCGUGGAGGAGUCGGCAGAGCAGGCACAGAGGCGCGAUGAGAUGCUGCUUCUCAGAGCUGCUGUCGAACCUGUACUCACGUGGGAAUGAGAAGACACUCGUGGAGGAGUCGGCAGAACAGGCAGACCAAGGAGUAAACCUUCUCAGAGCUGCUGUCCAACCUGUACUCGCGUGGGAAUGAGAAGACACUCGUGGAGGAGUCGGCAGAACAGGCAGACCAAGGAGUAAAUCUUCUCAGAGCUGCUGUCCAACCUGUACUCGCGUGGG